AUGACUGCGGAUUUGUCGGAUGUUAUCCGAUUCAUUUCCGACAGAAUUGCCGAUUGCAACAAGCCCGAAUAUUUGUCUAAAUGGGCCGAAAAGGCUAUGAAAGAAAUGCCUUCCUGCAGAUAUGCUUGGUCUUCGAGACGCAGAACGUUGAGACGCAAUGCAAGAAGUAUGGCCCAUCAAAUUGGAAGGAAGCUCAACAAAGUCGAAAACUUCGAAGGAUAUUCGUUAAUAGAGAAAUUGCAGUUGGCGUUUAUUUUUAGUCGUCCAGUCAGCGACGAAUUUGUGCAAACGCUGAAAAACGCAAAGUUCGAAAUCGAACAGGACGGAAGAAAGAGAAUCAGUCGUUUCUGCACAGAAGAUAAAAGGAUCGUUCCAUUUUCCGAACACAACCAGGGUUUGAAAUAUUUUCAAGGCGAUCAAUGUCUGCAUAAUUCACAGCCGAGAAGAGUUAAAAACAAAAGGAUGUCAAGAAAGAAGGAACAAGGUCAGCAGGACGUGGCAAAUGAAAACCCAAGUUCAGAAGUUUCCGCUGCUAGGAAUGUCAUCAGAUACAUUUCUGAUAGAAUCGGCAUAUACGAAAAGCCAGAAAGUCUGAGUAAAUGGUGCAAGGAAGCAUUGAAGGAAUUUUCGCCUCGAAGUUUGAAUUGUAUGAGAAGCAGUGUACGAGAUAAACUCGGAAGAAUUGAGCGAUUGGAAGGAUAUUCAUUGAUGGAGAAGUUACAGCUGGUCUUUAUUUUCAGUCAACCAGUCAGUGAUGGAUUUGUGAAACUGCUGAAAGACGCAAAGUUCAAAAUCGAACAGGACGAAAGAAAAAGAAUCAGUCGUUUUUCCACAGAAAAUGGAAACGUUGUUCGGUUUUCUGACCACCACCGUGAUGUGAAAUACUUUCAUGGAGUCCUCUCUCUGAAUAGUCCAUUUACGAAACGUGUGAAUGACGACAGCAUGGCCCGAGAAAAAGAACAAGAACAGCAAGACAUCGAAUAUGAGAAUCCAGGUCCAAAUUGUCAGAAAGUCAAGGAGAAACCAGUUGCAAAUAUUUUAAUUGAACCAAAGCAAGAAGUAACUGAUGCAAAAGUCAAAAAAGAACCAACUGAAGAUAUUUCGUUUCUGAAAGAGCCAAAGCAGGAAGUAGUGGAGCAGCCGAUAAAACAGGAAGUAGACGAUUACAUUGAUUUCGGAGUAGAUGUCAGUCAAGGAGCAUUUAAUGGACGCAUCAAUUAUGAGGAGCUGGAUAAUCAGAAGGGGGUGUACCCGGGAUUUCCACAAAUUUCUAAAUCAGCUUUGUCCACACGAGCCCAGAAAAGGCAUCACAGUGCAACUACGGAUAAUGGAAAGCAUGUGAAAACCGAAAAGAUAGAAUCAGAAGCGACUUCGUCGGAUUCCGUUCAACAGGGACUUCCACAAAUUGCGAAAUCAGCUUCGUCCAUACGAACCCAGAAAAGACAUCACAGUGCAACUACGGAUAAUGGAAAGCGCGUGAAAACCAAAGAAAUUGAAUCAAAAGCGACGUCGUCGGAUUCCAUUGCAUCGUCAGCCGAUAAGUAG